UCACUCACACCAUGGCUCAGAUUGGUUGGUGGGCAGGGUGCGAUGUGUGUCGGGGGGGAGAACAGUCCGAAUGGCCCAGGAGAAGAAGCUGUUUGUUAGUCUGGAGGUGUGGGACCUGACUGAACUGAGUUCAGAGGGUCAAACUGGCGGUGGGCAGUUCACUGGUUUACCUGAGACAGAAGGAUCUGGCGAUGGCCUCCAGGGGUGGCAGAUGACAGCCAGUGCUUUUUUGGGUGGUGUUAAUGACUGUCUGUACCGCCUUCCUGUUCUCAGAGCACCAAACACCAGGCAGGAGGAGAGCACGCUCUCCACUGAGCAGCAGUAGAAAGCCAGUAGCAGCUCCUGGUCCAGAUUCUUUUUCCCAGGACACCGAGGACGUGCAGGCGCUGCUGGGCCUCCUUUACCAGGGCGAUGGUGUUGUAGGUCCAGGUGAGAUCAGGGGAAAUGUGGGUGUCCAGAAACCUGAAGGUGGAAACAGAUUCUGCCUGUUCUUCAUUUAUAAUGAGGGGGGAGUGGACCUGUCUGUGCCUCCUGAGUUCUUUGGUUUUAGGGAUGUUCAGCUUCAGGUUGUUCUCUGGAUCCCAGGAUCAGGAUCUGAAGUUGGUCCAGUUUGGUGUUGAGCAUCCUCACGGAGCUCUUCCUCUUCUCCAGGUGGCUCAGCGCUCUGUGAAGGGUGAUGGCAUCCUCUGUGGGGUCGAGGUAGGGAGUGGACAGUCUGCGAUGUGUGAGACACUACCCACUCGAAACACUAGAUGACUACAACUCCAACAUACGGAUAAAUAGAGAUUAAUAGGAGGACGACGAGAUUAGCCAUUUAAAUGUCUUCACUGAAAGUGAACAUUAAAAAGCCAGAUAAACUGAUUUUUUAGAGGAGAAGGAGGACGGUAGGUGGCGCUGCUCACAGGAAACGGCGGCUCUUUGAUUUUUUUGUUUGAACCAUAGAAGAAGAAGAGACCGUCAUUCGCAGAAAAAGAAGCAGCUGAGAGUUUGUACUUCAGCUCCAGACUUCGGGCUCAAACCGAACCUGAACCACCUGACGGACCCCAGAACACCGACCCGGACCCAGCGGGGCUGCGAGGCCCGACCUGGGAAACCAGAUCACAAAGUCCAGAGGAGACCAGUCAGCCCACAUGGACCCCUAGCAAGGAGCUCCAGGACUCUCUGGUGGACAUGUACACAGCUAAUCCCAGAGUGAACGUGGAGCUGCGACAGCGUCUUCCUGGACUUACCAUAACCCAGCUCAUCAGCUCCAACGGCUCCACCUUCAUCCUCCACAUUCAUUCUCCAACAUCUUGGCCUCUCAGUCUCUGAGCUGUCCCUGGGAUGACUCAUUGAUCGUGUCCGUAUCGCGCAUGCUGCUGCUGUUCAGAGGUCAGCGAAAGUCACCUCAUGUUGUUCCUGAUGUUCACAGAUCAGAGAUCAGCCUGAGCCCCGACCUGAACUACGACCACCACACGUGGCCUCGAGUUCCACAGCACCUGCAGGAGCCGUCGACCUCCUGCUCCCCUCCACCUCCAUCCUACAGAGGGUCCGCCUCUCCUGUGUCACCUCCAUCCUGCAGGAAGUCUGUGUCCCCGCUAUCCUCCAGGCGACUGGGAGGUACAGGAGAGAUGGAAGUGGACCUUUCGGCCAGCAGAGGUCUUUCUCCUCGGGCAAAGAGCUGCGGAGAUACUGCAGAUGAAAGUGGUGCAUCCGGAGAUCCUGCUAGCCCCUCCCUCGGCAGACACCUGGUGACCGCUGUGGACAGCUCUGCAUCAGCCCGGCCUCCGAGCAGCGACCGAGACAAAAACAUCUCGCUAUUACUGAAGGAGCUCGACGCCCUGAGACAGGUCAACAACAAGCUGCAGCAGCAGCUGGUUCAGAAGGAGAAGGAGCUGCAUAGGAGGGAGGUGGAGGAGGAGCUUAGGGAGGAACAGAGGGAGGCCCGAGACUGGGAGAGACCUGCAGCGGUGUUGGAGGAGGUGCUGGCAGCUCAGAAGGACAGAGAUCAGGCUCUGAUGUCACGACUCCUGCUGGCCAAUGAGGAGAGAGACGAGGCUUUGCUUCGUUUGCAUCGACUGCAGCAGGGGGCUGAGUCAGAGUGCUUCCACCUGGACGAUGGCGAUCAGGAUGUGGAUGAGCUCCUGCGGCGCAUCAGUGACGCCGACUCCGUCCAGGAAAUCGAGCAGUUCGGCUCAGUUCUGGUCCAGCAUCUUUGGUUGGCACGGCAACGGCGAAGUGACAUCACAGCUCAGGAGAUGAAGGCCGUGAUGGAGGAGAGGGACGGCUCUACCGCCAAGUGGAAAUGCCUGGAACAAGAGAGAGAGCAGCAGGCGAGCGAGGAGCUGCUGAAGGUGCAGAUGGAGAGGGACGGCGCUCUGGAGGACCGGCGGCGGCUGGAAGCGGAGAUUCAGGCACUACGAGCCAAUCACAGAUCUCAGGACUUAGCCCCACCCUCCCAGCCCUCUUUGCGAGCUGAUAGCGUCUCUCCUGAGGCCCCACCCCUGAUGGAUAAGCUGCAGCAGCUGAUGAAGGAGAAGCAGAGCGUGGAGGCGGAGCUUCAGCGCUGCCAGGAGGCAGAGAGAGAGGCCACCGAGCAAGUGCGCAGAUUGGAGCGUCUGGUCGAGGUGCUGAGGAAGAAAGUCGGAACAGGAAGCGUCCGCGCUGUCAUCUGAGCGGCCUGAUGUCCUGAUCGGUGAAGACAGCAGCAGCUCGGUGACCAUGAUGAUGAGUUUCCUUUUCAUCUUCUUAGCUUCGGCUCUAAAACCCAGAGAAGCUUCAAACUUUCCGGAAUCAUGAAAGAAAUUUUUCUCUCAAUCAAACAUUUUUGUUGUUCGGACGUUUUAAAAUCAAUCAAAUGUUUUUUGUUGUUUAAUAAAACGGUGAUG